GUUAUGGAAACAUUAAGCGAUUCGGCUAAACUCCAUGUGUAGAAAAAGAGAACAUUACAAAACUUGAAGAAUUCAUCACGCCGACUAACCUACUCUCUUCUCUCCCUCUCGUUGCUGUGACGUACAAAACGUAGCGGAUUUGGAAAACCUCCAGUUGGAAGCCCUAGUGCAGGCUGAGCUGCUGUUCUACAUCAUAGUCUUAGAAAGUGCUAAGGAGUGUCUUCGUCUUACGAGCAAGAGUGUUUGAGCUUUGCAGUCAGCGAGAAUGGCAUCCCCGCAUACGAAAGAAUCGUUGCUUGCAUUUCUGGAGGUCAAUCAGAUCGAGGCGAAAACUUAUGACCAUCCAAAAGUUUUGACGGUAGAGGAACAGAGUGCAAUAGUUCUUGUGUUCCAAAUCUGGUUGACAAGUCUUUAUUCUGGUUCGCCAACAGGUCCCGACGUGUACCUUAACUGGAACGGACUCGCCAAUUAUGUUGGGCAUCUGGAAGGAGGACACAGCAAAAAUCUUCUAUUAAAGGACAAGAAGAACAGGCUCAUCUUAAUAUCAGCCCUGACUUCAGCAAAGAUUGAUUUGAAAGUGCUAUCGCAGCGACUUGGAUUAGGAAAGAGUGGCCUGCGUAUGGCACCAGAAGACAUCAUGCAAGCAAGUUUGAAGUGGUCUGUCACACUUCUAUUGGAUGAAGGGUUUAGAAUGAAAUCAAAAGUGUUUUUCCACCCUCUAUCAAACGACGCAACUACUGCUGUUUCACCAAGUGGGCUCGACAAAUUUUUAAGACUAAUAGGACGGGAGCCUGUUUAUGUUGAUCUCGAGGCAAUCGUAGUGGUUAGCAAGGAACAACAACCAGAUCUUGCCAGCUAUCUUGUUGAUAUGUCAACAGAAUGUAUCACUAAGGAUCAAGCCACUAUCGAGACGCGUGCCGUGCAAGCAAGUCUGCCAGUUCUUAUACAAGGAAUGAAUGAUGAUGUAACUAAAUCUGUGGUAAAACCAAAAUCGAAAGCUAGCCCGACCGCUCCACAAAUGGAAUUUGUGAAGCCAGCUGGCGCCGACGUACAAGCGACGACCAAGUCCAUUCUUGAUGAGUUCUUAUCUGCCGUCCAAAAAGAGGUUACCUCUCAAGUGGUAGAGAAGCAGGGGGAGGAGGUUGCCACUGUAACGUCAAAUUCCUGGAGGCAACGUUUGGUACCUGAGCUAGAGAGCAUGCUGGUGGCGUUUAAAAACGCAGCUUACACCGAAGGCUUUGUUGCAGGUAUAGCUAGCUGCUCAAGGGCGAAAGGAAAAGGUCAAACAUGAAUAGGUCUCUGUGUAAAUGUCCCUUGGUCAUUGAUUAACGAUUGUUACACGAGAAGAUGCUGAGGUCAAAGGUGAAGAGGGAAUUUUUUGUUCAUGUAUAGAUACAUGUUGGAUACUGUCUAAGGCCGCACAGACCAGAAGCAAUACUUCUGUGGAGUGCUCUUCGAAAAUGCUGCAUAGCUUCUCGUUAUGAUGGUAAUUCCCUUGAUGUUCUCUCCCAUGGGUUCGAUGGCUUCUGUAUGUUCGAUUCACUUGUAAAGAAGCAAGUGAAGAGUAUCAAUAUAUCUCAUUAACGCCAAACUAUUUGUGCUGUUACGGAAGAAGUAUUGCAUGUUGAAUAUCUCUAAUCCAGGGAAGAAAUUAAUAGAGAUUUCCAGUUCUAAAUGGAAAUCAC